AUGUUUCCAUGUGCAUCAGAUUCUAAAGAUAGAUCACAUAUAGGAAAUGAUUUAUCUGAUAAUGAAACUUGGCUAAGAAGUUCAACCUAUUCUGAACAGAAACCAUCGAGUUAUCAUAUUCAUGAUAGAGUGAAUAAUAAUGGAAAAGAACUUGAAAAAACUAUCAAUAAACGGUUACAUUCUCAUAAAAGAUAUGAUCUCAUGAAAAAGAAACCGAAAAUUACACCAAAUGCUGUAUUUCUAGAAGAUAUUCCCGGCCUAGAUAUCAAUUUUGCCUACAGAAUUGAUAGGUCAUGUAAUAAAGAGAUUUAUAGACAUGGAUGUAUUUAUGAAAAGCAUAUACCACAAUUUAAAAUGAAGAACAAAACAAAAAUAUUGGGAUUUAAAGAUUUGUACCUGUGUGAUCUUUUGGGCACUGAAAGAAAGCGUAAAUCUGGAGUUACCAAGAAAUUCCGAUACUUUAGUAAAUCAAGUAGAGCAGUAAUUCAAGCUCCUACUGUUUCUAUUGAAUCGUACGAAGCAACUCAUGAUAUGCUAUCCGAUUUAAUUCCUUUACCAGAUCGAAUUACUGUUGCAUGUAAGCCAACAGUUGAAGUGAAAAACAAUGUAAUAUUGAGUCUUUGUGAAGAACUUAAUCGUCGUGUUUAUGAUCGACCGAAUGAUUUAAUUUCAUGGUUAAAUCUAAUCGAUAUGCAGGACAAAGGAGCUUCCUUCCUUCAUAUAACAGGGAAUAAUGUUGACCAGAAACAGAUAUGUAAUGAUUUCAAGCUUUCAAAGAGUGAUUGGUUAGUUAUACUUCGUAAACAGCUUUCAAUAGCUGAUCGAGCACUUACAGCCAACCCUGGUAAUUUAACUCUGAAAUUACUUAUCAUUAAACUGAAUGACUUGGUGGCUGAGCUUGAAGUUCAUGGAGCAUUGGAGUCCACAUCAGGUAAAGACGUCUAUCAAGCAGAUCAAAUUAAUCGAGAUUGGGCACAAUUUGUAUUCACUUAUCCUCAAGUUGUCUCAAUUUGGCGAGGUUACACAGCUCAUCUCAUGGGUCGGCAUUCAUCACUAACCACUGUAAAUCAAGGUGUUGGGAAUGGAAUAUUUUCUCGUAUCGAUGGUGUAUAUAAAAGAGGACUGUCAACACUCUCUGGUAUAAUAUCUGGUAGAAUUUUAUCGCAUCGAGCACAACCAGAUACUGUUGAGCGAACAAUCGAUUUCCUAGCUGAUUACUGUCACUGGUUAGCCCAAGCAGGUCAUGCAGAACGAGCUUUAGCAGUUUGGCAAGCUGUUAUUGAAUUCAAUUGUUUUCGACCUAUAGAACUUGAAAAAUCUUCAUUUGAUCAACGUAUUCUGGAAAUGGAGUUAUAUUGGUCAAGUGGUGUAGCUAGAUUUGGUCAACCUGGUUCUCAACAUUGGAAUGGUUGGUAUAAAACUCGAAAUAGACGACAAGAAAAAUUGA